AGUGGAGCGGGAAGAGGAAUAUAGAGAGGGGAGAAGUAAAAUGGGGCAGGAAUACAGAAACAUUAACAGAGACGAAACGAGAAAAUGAUCUAAGAAGACAAGAGAAAGGUGGAGAGGGAUAGGGCUGUAUAAAUUCAACGUUUUGCUGGCUGGCUGGCUGAGGGAUGGGCAGACGGUCACAUCCAAAGGACGCGUAGGUUUCUGAUGUCAACAAACAUUUAUUUUCUAAAUGCUGAAGAAGGAAAUAGUUGCAUCUUGCAGUUGCAGGUCUGAGGGUGAGAGAGUUUAAGUCGCUUAUUUGACAGGUCUUGGAAUUUGCACGGCACAAUAAAUAAUUCACGUAAUUGUAGAUGAUAUAAGUAACGUAUGUAUGUUGAAUUCCUUUGCACCGUAUGUAGCCAACCAUGCUAAUCGGAGGUGCACAACAAAAUAUAUAAGCAGACGGUUCACCUUCCCGUAUCUGUCCCUGCACAUGCGAAUAAAGUAGUCUUUACACAUCCCAUCAGUCACACGGCCUUCUGGGGGGUACAUCAUUGUACCACCGUUGGUUCAAGAAAGUUUGACGGCUGAUGACACUGUCCAAUCUGGUCUCCAAUUUGCUUGUAUUAAACCAACGCUGCUGAAAUUGUGCACUUUCAAAAGGCCGUGUGGCUGGUGGGUUUUGUAAAAAUAAAAUACUUUUUAAGUGAAGGGACAGAUAUGGGAACGAGGCAUAUUGGCUGCUACUUAUUAAUUUGGUGUUUGAAUUAUGGUGGCUGAGAUAUACUAGUACAUUUACUCGUGUGGUGAUAGCUCAAGUUGUCCUUGAUGGAAAUAGCUUCACCACUGUCUCUGCUCUUGGGCGUGCAGUUUAAUUUCAGGAAUGCAGUAUCUUGACAAUAUUUGCACUUUUUUAAUAUGCCUGUCUGCAUAUCAGUGUAUACUGUGUAAGUGGAAGCACUGGAAAAUUUUCUUACACACAUUGAUAUAUUGGCAUACCGACAGGUCUCAAUCCACACCCCCAUGCCCCUCUGCACAAAGAGUACAGUGGCUGGAUACAGUGCGGGUUUUUUGUUGAAGGAAGUGGUGUGUGCACGUGAUGUUUACAACUCCACGUUAGUCCGAGGCUGAGCGAAGUUUGGUAUCUCACUCCCACAAGGCGAGAGCCACUAUAAACCAUGCCCACACUUGCAGCGCCUGUCUGACGCUUAAAUCACUUGCCGCCGGUACACCUGCGGAAUAGUUUUUGCAGGCGGGGACAGCCGGGAACGGAUAUAGCUCAGCUCGCCAUGGAACACUUUCUGAACACAGUCAUCGGACGCACCGCCGAGUUUUUUCAAAACUCCGAGGUUGAGUUCAUCGACGUGGACCAAGAAGGGGACAAGGCAUGGACGAGUCCCCCCAGCCCCACAGACUCGCCAAAGCCCCCAGACUCGCCCCGUGCCGCGCUCACUACGUGGAUUCCGCUCGCCGCGUUGUUCAGCAGCAACAGCAGCAGCAAGAGAGAUGAAUUGGAGCCGAUCGUGGAGGAGGAAAGCUGCGUUGGGGCAAAGGGGCAUGAUGGCGUUUGCACCCAGGAGCAGCCGCCUCUGCAGUUGGCCCCCCGUGCCUCUGUGGUUGAACUUCAACCCGGUGUCCGGCAGUAUCAUUAUGGACCUCUCAAAUAUGAUUAUGACUCGCCUGAAGACACAGGCCAGAAGAAGUCAGGCGAACGAAAAGAAAGAAGAAUGUCCUUCCAGAAGCCCAAAGGCAUGAUGGAGUACACGGCAGGUGCCCAGGAUACUCUUAACAGCAUUGCUCUCAAAUUCGACACCACUCCUAAUGAGCUGGUACAACUCAACAAACUUUUUUCACGCAUGAUAGUUCCCGGACAGAUGCUGUACUGUCCAGACCCAGACUAUAUGUCCAGCGAAGGGAGUUCCCCAUCUGUGAGUCCUGUCAGCCCGCUGUCUCCUACGUCUUCAGAGGCCGAGUUUGAGAAACUGCAGGACAUGGAGCCAGCGACGCAGCGGCCGUCGGAGAGGCCCGCGCCCGCGACGUCAUCGCCCAAUCCUGCCCGGUCGGCUCGCGUUGUCUCGUCCACGUCGGAGGAGGAGGAAGCGCUGAGCGAGCGCUUCCUCAAGAUCAACUGCAAGUACAUCACCAACGGAAAGGGAGUGGUGGGCGGGGUGCUUCUGGUCACACCGAACAACAUCAUGUUUGAUCCUCACAAGCUCGACCCCCUGGUUGUAGAGAACGGCUGUGAGGAGUAUGGCAUUAUUUGUCCAAUGGAUGAGGUGAUAUCUGCAGCCAUGUACCACGAUAUCGUCAACACCAAGAUAAAGGAUGUCACUCCGAUGCCUGAAGAGUGGGUGAACUUGGCAUUGGGGAAGAAGACGACGAGCAGCAUCAGACCACAUGGCGAGGAGCGUGAGUCCCGGCUCGUGGAGGCGGGUAACGACAGCGCAAGCACCGCACCAAAAAGCACCGAGGAAUCUCUCUCGGAAGAGGUGUUCACGGAAUCGGAGUUGUCUCCCAUUCGGGAGGAGGUCGCCUCUUCGGAUGAACUCGAGCAGUCAUCGAGGUCAGCCGAGGGCCUUGCCAACAGUGGUUCUGACAAGACGCUCACGGCUUCGGAACCGCCGGAGCCGUGUGCGGUUUCUGCUCAGGACGAAGCUCGGACCACGGGCGACAGUGGUUUCGUCGCCGGUCAUUCGCAGGAUGCCGGUGAUGCAUCUCUCGGGGGCCGUGAUCCGAACAGCACCGAGAGCCAAGGCUCCUCCAGUGAUACCACGACACAGACCACCUGCCACGAGGUCUCCAUUGAAGCGGACGGAGACGGAUGGAAGCCCUGCGAUCAUUUGGACGGCAGCGAGAAAGCCAAAGACGAGCGGGCGUCCGCUGAACCUGAGGCGGGCGCCGAAGCCGCGGCAGAAUCUGAACCGAACGCUUCAGUCGAAAAAGAGCCGGAGAAAGUUAACGAAGGUGCCAAGGGAGUUGUAGGGCAGACGGAAGAACUCGAGGAGCUAAGAAAGAUGUGGAAGUCGCACACAUUGCAGCAUACGCGGGAGCAGAGAGAUAACAUACAGCAUGCAGAUGUCUUCUCCAGUGAAAAACGAGUGAAGAAGGCAGUCAUGUUCCUGUGCUUGAGAGUGGGCAAGCCCAUGAUGAAGACCUUCGUAUCGCAUGCACAGGCCAGCAUGCAGCAGUAUGCCCAGAAGGAUACUGAACCAGAAUAUUGGUUUGCCGUGCCACAGGAAAGGGCGGAUCACCUCUUCGCCUUCUUCGUGCAGUGGAGCCCCGAGCUGUACGGCGUGGAGGGGGAUGAGCCCGGCAAAGAGCCCGGCUUCGUGGUGGUGGAGAAGAGUGAGGAGUCCGACAUGAUCGACGACGUCUAUGACGAGGCCUCUGGGAAGGAAUGGGAGGUUGUUUCUGUCAGUGAGUACCAUCGCAGAAUUGAUGAACUUAAUUCUGGAGAGCUCCGUAACCUCUGCAAACGUCUGAAGAUCGUGACUGCAGAUGAAGCCAAGAGGCAGCAUGGCCCAGUGGCGUCGACCACUGAUCUAGGGCCAGAGGCAUGGAAACCAGUCCUCAACAGCUCCAGCUCCAUCCUGGAACAGGAUCACAUAAAUAAGCUGGCGGCAAACCUUCCCCCUCGCACGGUGGGAUACCCAUGGACGCUCGCCUAUAGCACAUCCAAGCAUGGAAUGAGCCUUAAAACUCUCUACCGCACCAUGGUUGGUCUGGACUCCCCCAUGUUGCUUGUGAUUAAAGACACUGACCGGCAGAUUUUUGGAGCGCUUUCAUCUGAUCCCUUCAAAGUGAGCGAUCAUUUCUAUGGCACAGGGGAGACCUUCCUGUUUACCUUCAACCCAGAGUAUCAGUGCUACAAAUGGACUGGCGACAACCUCUUCUUCAUUAAAGGAGAUAUGGACUCGCUGGCUAUCGGCGGUGGAAGUGGACAAUUUGGCUUGUGGUUGGAUGAAGACCUGUAUCAUGGACGGAGCCACUUCUGUAAAACCUUUAAUAAUGAAACGCUGUCGAAGAAAGAAGACUUCUUCAUCCAGGAGGUUGAAGUUUGGCUGUUUGAAUAGUGGAUCACUACAGGGCUGUCCAGGCUGUUUAAUCAGAUCUCCUUGUGGCUUCUUUGCAAUACCUGUUGAUGUAUAGAUAACUUGCAAUGUCAAUAAUAUUUGAUCACGGUGGAGCUUUGGGUGCCGCUGUAUUUUGACUCUCAUCAUAUGCGAAAACAGCUUCAGUGGUGUUCGUGAAAGUUAUGCAUAAUAGGAAACCAUACGAUCGAACGUGAACAGCAGUGGAGCAACACAAUUGGCCUUUUAACAUCAGCAUGAGCAGAAGUAAAAGACAUACCGAUGUGAUACGGUGCACCGUACAUUGUGUUGUGUGCUUAUAAUGUGGCACAAUUCUCUGUCGUUUCCUCAGAUUGUGCGAUUAUGUUAUCGUCACCCAUCACAGUUGUUUAUGUAGCUGUUCAGACUGUAUAAUGAGGGUUGAAAUAAUGAGUUGUAUAACUUUGAAUAUUUAACGUUGCUUUGGUGUCAGUAGUCACUAGCUCAUUAUGGUGUUAUGCCCUGUAGGUUUGAAAGAUGCGAUUUAAUUUUGCCAACACUUUUUCAAACAGUCAAGGUUAUGCCACUGAGCUUUACGUGAGAGAGAUGUGAAAUGCAACAUCAGUUACGGCUUAACCCAACAGAAACGUACAUAAACACAAUUUGCAUUAUAUCAUUGUAUGCACUUGGUAAUGCCAAUUAAAUAAAGUUGAGCAGAAAACAUGAUUACGUGUUAAUGAAUAAUACUAUUAAUAUAAGCAACGAUAAAUGUUGUUGCUAUUUGCACACGUUUAUACUUACCCCGACCAAUGCUUAGCAAUGCUAAGGUAAUCCUACAAUGCAGUGUAUAUUGUACACAUAAUGGUGUGCAUUAUAUUGUAUAUUGUGUUGCUUGGUCUGCCAGUUAAUUGAGUCUGUGUCUAGAACAUUCGUGGUAAACCAGUGGCUGUACAGUCGUAAUCCGGAUUCUCUCAAGCUUUCAGAUGGCGCUAGCUAGCAUAUAAACACAAGUGACAUCCUGAAUCCGUAAGAUGGUGUGAAUCCAAUGUAUGUGCUGGUGACUAUGUUAUAUGCAAGAGCAUUUAUUUCAUUCCGACAUGCAGUAAGUGCAAUCGCGUGCAUUGUACAACAUAGCAGACCACCUCCCCGGGAAUGUCAAGCACGUCUCAAAAAACAAUGGCAAAAGGAUGGUAUCUAAGAAGCUGCAAGGAAGUUGAAAUAUAAGUAGAAUGCAAUAUUUUAGAUGCUUGCCAAGCAGGCGUGUGUUGCUGUGGGAGUUAAUGGAUAGCUAAGUGCAUAAGGAUUUUUUGAAAAUUAUGUGUAAAGUCGGCUAGUUUUGUGAUCGCAUUACAACAACUGCCUGUCAUUUGCAAUACCAGAGGUUAAGAGGGGGCAUUCUGGGUAGUGCUGCAAAUAGUCCUGCAAGAGUAUCUUGUGCGUGUUUGUAAUUUCAGUGGGAAAAAAAUUAUUUCAAUAAGCAACGAUGGUCUCACAACAGUACCUUAACUCUCCAUUGUAGUGUCUGACUCACGGAGGCAUGCUACACUAUACUGUAGCUGUAUAAUCCACUCCCGUAAUGUCCUAGAGCCAUAUGUAUCUGUAGCACAAAAACUCUUGACCUGCAUUUGUUCCUUUUAAUUCUUUGUUGGACGUGUAGAUUUUUUCCCCAUACCAAAUGCAUCUAAACAGUUAAAACCACAAGGAAAUUAUUAAAAAAGUAUAACUUUGUUUAUAUAUACCAUAAAGUUGGGUAUAAUUCAUACUAAUUGGAUAAUUUUUAUUUUUGUUGUUGAACAUGCUGAUUUGAAAAUUCUGACAAAAUGUGGUCUAUUGAUUUGCUGUAAGUAUGGAACUGCAUUUUAUGUCAUGAAAUUAGUAGGUAAUUCAAACUAUGAAUGCACUGGUUCAUGUUUUCUUUUUCCCUAUAUUUCCCCCAAUAGUUUUUAUCUAUAUACAGUAUAUACCUACAUGCUCUUGCUGUUUAAUAUGCAGUCAUUAUGAUUGCUCAAUAAAAAUAAUUAAAAAAACACUGACAAAAAAAGAAAAACUGAAAAAAAGAAGUAAACUUGAAUGUUUAAUAUUUUCAUUCCUGCUAAUGUGUAUAUUUUGUUGUACAUUUAUGAAUGUAAAGUAAAUGAGAAAUUAUAUAUAUACAUAAAGUUUAAUCUGUUAUGGUUUACAAAAUGCUGGCUUAAAACAGCCUAGAUUGUACCGGACAUGCAAACCUCACUGUCAUGAGUGACAGGUGGCUUUCGAGUAUUAAUAGCAAAUAAAACAAUCCUUGGAAUUAUACCCAU